CCCCAAAAUGGCCGCCAUGUAGGCACGUCGGUUAGCAAGAGUGCUACAGUUAGCUAGCAUAUCUCGUGUUUAUAUUUUGUUUUUUUCGCAUCUAUCCAUCUUCUUGUCUAUGGCACAAGACGAAGAAGAAGAAAAAGACGAAGAAGAAGAAGAAGAAGAAGAAGAAGAAAAGGGGGAGGGGGCGGUUCCUCCUGAAAACUUCCAACUUAAUUUUUGUUAUUGUAUCAACAUGGCGACGCGCAGUAUCUUGCCACCACAUACCAGAUUGCUAUUUGUUUUAAAGUCCCAACCCACGGCUCGUCGUCACAGGCGAGGGUACGAACGGAGAUCGAAAGCUUCGCCUUUCGGCUCAGCUCCUUCUUCACCGCCGCGGACUGAUACAGAGUCCGCAUCACUGCAGAUGCUGCUCAGAUGCCGCCUUCGUCGCUCACUCGUGAACCAGACCCCAAGAUGAAUCCGACUUCUUGCCGGCCAUGGGGACCAAAGUCGAACACCGAUCGCACGGGGACCGAACGACCCGUAUCAGGGGCUCCGAUAUCCCGUACUCCUGGAGCACCCUCCGCAGGACUCCCAGAGGGGUCGUGGUCAAAUGCCUUCUCCGAGUGCAUUGGAGAAGGCAACUCCCACGCACCCUCGAGGACCCCGCCGAGGGCGGAGAGCUGGUCCGUUGUUCCACGGCCAGGACCAAAACCACGCUGCUCCUCCUGAAUCUGAGAUUCGACUUCCAGGUGGACCCUCCUCUCCAGGGAGGCUGAGGACUAGCUGGAACACACCCCGGUUUGCCAAUGUAGCGGCACUGUCGCCGAUGUUGCACAGGCGCGUCAACCGGGACGGCCCCGCGACACCCGGAGCCUUCCGGAAUCGUGGGUGCGUCUCAUCCACCGAGCGGCUUUUGAACCGUCUCGGUGACUCCGGCCCCGGAGAUAGGAGAGCCCUUCUCGGUCCCCAGACUCGGUCGGCUUCCUCACAGGAAGGCGCGUCGGCGGACCCGUGAAGCUCUUCAAAGUGUUCGGUCACCUACUAAAUAACGGACUUUCUGUCGAAUUCUAUACCAGUAAACGAUGAGCAUUCUUAUCGUGCAAACGAGCGUCUCGCCUCACACAAUUGAAUGCACGCCCCCUUCCAGUCUGGAUACUGUGCUCUUCACAGCAAGGCUCAGUAUUCCACCGCUCCAAGUCCCGACGAAAAGACCUUCGACAAGAUCCUCAUCGCCAACAGAGGGGAGAUUGCUUGCAGAGUGAUCAGGACGUGCAAGAAGAUGGGGAUUCGGACUGUCGCUGUUCACAGUGACGUGGACUCCAAUGCUGUUCAUGUCAAGAUGGCCGACGAGGCGGCGUGUGUUGGCCCCGCCCCCGCGAAUCGGAGCUACCUCAACAUGGAUGCCAUUCUGCAUGCUGUCAGACACACUAAAUCCCAAGCUGUUCACCCGGGGUAUGGCUUUCUUUCAGAAAACAAAGAAUUUGCAAAGCGACUCGCAAAGGAGAGCGUGGCAUUUAUUGGCCCUGACACUCAUGCUAUCCAAGCAAUGGGGGAUAAAAUUGAGAGCAAACUGAUUGCUAAGGCUGCAAAAGUCAACACCAUCCCAGGAUUUGAUGGCGUGGUCAAGAAUCCAGAGGAAGCCGUCAAAAUGGCACAAAAUAUCGGCUACCCAGUAAUGAUAAAAGCAUCUGCAGGCGGAGGAGGGAAGGGAAUGAGAGUUGCGUGGAAUGAUGAGGAAGCAAGGGAAGGCUUCCGGUUCUCAUCCCAGGAAGCAUCAUCAAGCUUUGGAGACGAUAGACUUCUUAUUGAGAAAUACAUAGAUAACCCGAGACACAUAGAGAUUCAGGUGCUGGCUGAUAAACAUGGUAAUGCUCUGUGGUUAAAUGAAAGGGAGUGUUCUAUCCAGAGGAGGAACCAGAAGGUGGUGGAAGAAGCACCAAGUACUUUCCUGGACUCGGUGACAAGACGAGCAAUGGGUGAGCAAGCAGUGCAGCUCGCCAAGGCUGUGCAGUACUCUUCUGCCGGUACCGUGGAGUUCCUGGUAGAUUCUGCAAAGAAUUUCUACUUCCUGGAGAUGAACACACGGCUACAAGUCGAACAUCCCAUAACAGAAUGUAUUACUGGGCUCGACCUGGUUGAGCAGAUGAUCCGAGUUGCCAAGGGUUACCAACUGCAGCACAAACAGGAAGAUAUCCCAAUAAAUGGCUGGGCCUUUGAGAGCCGCGUCUAUGCUGAGGACCCUUACAAGUCAUUUGGUCUUCCCUCCAUUGGGAGAUUGUCCCAAUACCAAGAGCCACCCAGUCUCAAUAAUGUCCGGGUGGAUAGUGGCAUCCAGGAGGGAAGUGACAUUAGCAUCUAUUAUGAUCCCAUGAUUUCGAAGUUAAUAACCUAUGGUGCUACAAGAGCAGAAGCCCUUGCCAAGAUGGAGGAUGCUCUGGAUAGCUACGUUAUCAGAGGUGUAACCCACAACAUUCCUCUCUUGAGAGAAAUAAUCACCCAUCCUCGCUUUAUUUCCGGUGACAUUAGCACCAACUUCCUUCCAGAGAUUUACCCUGAUGGCUUUAAAGGGCACCAGCUACAGGUGGAACAGCAGCGGGAACUGCUAGCCUCUGCAGCAGCUCUGUACAUCACAGCCCAGCUCUGUUCCCAGAAUGUCCGAGGUAAUUCCAGGGUGUCCUCAAUACCUGCGGAGUGUCACUGCUGGGAGCUAUGUGCACAGCUGGGAGAACGAUGGCAUGAAGUGAAAGUUAAUACAUUUGGAGACAUAUAUAUGGUGGAAGUGGAUGGAGAACAGGUGGAAGUGGAUGGACGGUGGAACUUGGCUUCCCCACUGCUCCCGCUCACUAUCAAUAGUAAGCACAGAAUGUUACAGUGUCUGUCCCGAGAUGCUUCUGGCCUCAUAGUUCUGCAGUACCUGGGCACAUCGUAUAAGGUUCGAAUUCUGUCCAAGUUGGCUGCGGAGUUGAACUCUUACAUGCCAGAGAAAGUUCCUGAAGACGCCAGCAGUAUCCUGCGGUCACCAAUGCCUGGCACGGUGGUGGCAGUUACUGUUAGGCCUGGUGAUAAGGUUGCAGAAGGCCAAGAGAUCUGUGUGAUUGAAGCUAUGAAAAUGCAGAACAGUAUCACUGCUGCCAAACAAGCAAAGGUAAAGCGUGUCCAUUGCAAGCCAGGUGAGACAGUUGGUGAAGGAGAUUUGCUUGUGGAGCUUGAAUAAAUCAGGCCAGAGCGUGGUAUUAUUCCUCUCCAUCAUGGAUGAUCAAUACUGGAAAAAUCUCGACUUCCAGUAUGAUCAAUGUCACCGCAGUGUCCCCAGCAGAGAUUGAUGUCCUCAACAGUGCCUGAGCGUUGAGGUUUAUCAACAAUAUAUCCUGUCAAUCAUCGAUUUCCUGUUUGGUUUCUAAGCUAUGAAACGAUUUUUCUGUUCUUGUUAUAACGCCAUACUAAAAUGUUCUCACCAGUUUUGUAA